UUAUGUCCCUUAUAUAUUCCUGUACUGGAGUUUAAAUUUGUCUGAAAAUCUACAAGAGAGACCAGGUCUCAGAGGAGUCCUGCAGGCUGAACUAAAUAUUGCUGAACUGCUGUCUUAUUCACAGCAACCAUGAGUAAGAAUGCUGAUGAUGAGCACUGGAUCAAGGAGAGGCUGGAGCAGUUGAGAUGCCACUUUACAUGGGCGUUGCUAAUUAAAGACACCGACAUGCCUGAUUUAGAAAACAGGAUCUUGGAGGAGAUUGAGUUCCUAGACACCAAAUACAAUGUGGGCAUUAACAACCUAUUGGCCUAUGUGAAACACCUGCAAGGCCACAAUGAAGCCGCCCUGGAGAGCUUGAAAAAGGCUGAAGAAUUAAUCCAGCAAGAUCAUGCCGACCAAUCUGAUUUGAGAAGUCUGGUUACCUGGGGCAACUAUGCCUGGGUGUAUUACCACAUGGGAAGACUGGCAGAAGCCCAGAUUUACCUGGACAAGGUGGAGAAUACUUGCAAGAGAGGUGUAAAUCCCUCCCACUAUAGGAUGGAGUGUCCUGAGAUGGACUGUGAGGAAGGAUGGGCCUUGCUGAAGUGUGGAGGACAGAAUUAUGAACGGGCCAAGGCCUGCUUUGAAAAGGCUCUGGAAGUGGACCCUGAAAACCCUGAAUUCAGCACUGGGUAUGCAAUUACUGUCUAUCGCCUGGAUGACUUCGCCAUAGAAACACAGAGAAAGGGGUAUUCUCUGCAGCCCCUAAGGCAGGCUAUCAAGCUAAAUCCGGAAGAUGUACAUAUUAAGGUCCUUCUUGCCCUGAAGCUUCAGGAUGCAGGACAAGAAGCUGAAGGAGAAAAGUACAUUGAAGAAGCACUGGCCAGCACAUCCUCCCAGACCUAUGUCUUUCGACAUGUGGGCAGAUUUUACCGAAGAAAAGGCUCUCUGGAUAAAGCUCUCCAGUUCUUCAAAAAGGCCUUGCAGGCAACACCUGCCUCUGUCUUCCUGCAUCACCAGAUAGGGCUUUGCUACAGGGCACAAGUGUUCCAAAUAAAGACAGCUAUAAGCAAGCAGCCUAGAAGGCAGGAUAGAGAAAAUAUCGACAGAAUUAUAACAUUAGCCAUAUCUCAUUUGGAAUUUGCUGUGGAACAAAAGCCCGCAUUUGCUAUUGCUUAUGUACACCUGGCGAGUAUGUAUAUAGAAGCAGGAGACUACAGAAAAGCCGAAGACGCUUAUCAAAAAGCAUUAUCCAUCAAACCACUGGAAGAAGUACACGAGCAAGAGAUACAUCAUCACUAUGGCCGAUUUCAGGAAUUUCAGAGGAAAUCUGAAAUCGAUGCGAUUACCCAGUAUUUAAAAGCAAUAAAAAUAGAAAAGGCGUCAUUUCCAAGGAAUAAAAGUAUCGAAUCUUUGGAGAAACUGGCUUCAAAGAAACUUCAAAGAGAUCCAUCAGAUGUGGAAAGCUUGAGCCUCCUUGGGUUCAUCCACAAAUUGAAAGGAGAAAUGAAUGAAGCCCUGGAGUACUACGAGAGGGCCCUGAGGCUGACUGGUGACUUCGAGAACUCUGAGAGAUGCGGUCCUUAGAAGCUAAAGUAGCAGUUAUGUUCACAUUCCAUUUGAUUUUAGGUUAAUAGGUAGUAAUCAUCUUUCCUGCUUGCUAUAUUCAGAAACAUAUUAUGUAAUUCACUGUAAUGAUGAAAUUUUUGAACGUUAAUUGUUUUCAGAAAAAUAGUGAAAUAAAUAUAUGUGUAUGAAACCA